AUGGCCCUUGUUGAUAACAGAAUUAUCAAUAGGCAAGACGCUCUUCUUGGAGCAAUUCAAGGAAAUUUAGCUUAUGGUAAAUUUAUGUUUACUGUCUAUCCUAAAUUUGCUUUACAUCGAGAUUCAAAAGAUUUCGACAAAACUUUAAGUUUUAUACAUCAGUGUGAAAGAACUGAUCUUAUGGAACCAGAGGAACUUUUUAAAGAUUUGAUUAGAAAGGUAGAAUGUCUUUCUACAAACGAAAAUCUUGAGAUAAAAGAACUUGUUAGUCUCAUUACUUUAGAUAACGAAGAAUGUGAACAAAAGUUCUCUGAAGAUAAAAUCUUAAAUGAAAGAUAUGUUUCUGGAAAUAAAGAACGAAUCUUUGUUUUAAAUAAUGAAGAACCAAGAAACUUUCCUAUAAAGAAAGAAGAACCCGAAACUGAAGAAAGCUCUUCAGAUAUGCAAAAUGUCUCCAAGACAGAGAGCAAACAAUGCUUUUGCUAG